CCAUUUUUGUGGGAUUAUAAAAACCAGCAAAAGAUCGUUAUGUUCAUCAGUUUACAUUGUGUAUUGUACUAAAAAAAAUUACCCAUGAAAUUUGUGGUCGCUUUCUUGGCAGUUAUUGCCAUUGGUUUUGUCAGUGCUAAGCCUGUCGCGGAUCCGGGUGGCCUACUUGGCGGUCUACUUGGUGGUCUCCUUGGCGGUCUCGGCGAUGUUCUAAGGAAUCUGCUUGGAUUAGUUGACAGUGCAUUUGGCAAACUAGAUGGCAUAAUUCAGAUUCUUCUAAAUACACUUCGCCAAAUCGGUGAAAACGAUACUGAAACUAUUAAUGAAAUACGUGAUGUUGUCAACAGUUAUUGGGAAGAUAUCGUUCCCCUAAUCGAGAAUUUCCCGUCACUAAAUCACCUCAACAAUGCUGUAGGAUCAUCAACCGGCAGCAUUGUCGUCACAAUUAUUGGCAUUAUCAACGUUUGCAUCGGGGAAAUUAAAUCCAUCAUAGAAGAUGCCACAGGCGAAAUUGGUGGACUUGAUAACAUCGACGUUCUUUUUAAUGACUUCCUUUGCUACGUCAUAAAAGUUUUAAGUGCAGCUAGCGCAUCCUUGACCAGCGUCCUCCACCCUGCCAACGUUAAUUUUGUUAAUAUCGAAUCGAAUUUCCGAUCAAUCGUCCAAUUUCUUGCUGAUGCCAUCGCUGAAAUUCAGUCAUCAGUCAGCAGUGACAACAGCGGCAUUUUCGUACCAAUUUUUGAACAACUAGGAAUUUAUGUUACCGUGUUUGUACAACAACUGACAACUUAUGCUGGUACCAUCACUCUUAACGGAAUACCCGGUCUACUCGAUUUGGAAGGUUUCCUUACCUCGUUCUUAGCUUCACUCAACUCCCUUGGACUCAAUUGCCCAGCCUAACCUGACGCUUCGAUUUUGUGUUCACACAGGAAUUAAGUUUCAUCUUUAGAAAUUCUAAGGCGAUUUACUCAUUUUUAAUAAACGCUGUUUACUGUUGAUAAAUGUU